CAAUUCUUGCUGAUACCCUUUCUGAUAAUUAUGGCAAAACCAUUUAUUAUUUCUUUGCAAUUCCAUAUCCUAACGGAGUUUUUGGAGUUCGCUCUGUUUUAGGAUGGCGCCUUACAUUUUUUCUUGAUGAUUAUGUGAUAUUAUUAUUAGGACUUACACCUGUAAUUCCAUUUUACGUUAUAAUUCAAGUUAUGAUAGAUGUAUUUUUCUGUUAUGCCUAUAUUUGUUCACUUCCAAUUAUUGAUAGUAUAUUUAACUUUUUUGUUGGUAUGGUAUUGACGAGAGCAGUAGCGGCAUUAUUUUCAGAUAAAAAAAAAAUUUAUGAUUAUUUAAUGGAAGUUGAUGAUGAGAGUAAUUUGAUGCCUAUUGAUAAAGAUCGGGGGGAAGUGGAUAUAGAUACUUACGAAUUAGCAAAAAAACAUAGAUUUAUACAUAGAUUUUUCGCAUUUUUGUUCUUUUUAAAUUAUUCAAAUGGAAAAUUUAUGUGGAGACAAUCAUUGGUUGGAUAUGUAGAUAAAGAACAAAAAUUUUUCACAUCAAAGACUAAUUCAAUGAUAAUUAAAUAUAAAAAAAGCGUUAAUAUCGAUUUAUUUGGAAGAGGAAAAAUAAUUAAACAGAGUAAAGACCAGAAAACCCCACGAUAUUGGAGUGCAACGUUAGAUAUCGAAGAUAAUCGAAUGUAUUUAGUACAAAAAUUUGAAAUUCAAGAUAUCGGGGUAGCUUUUAGUGGUAGAGUUUUUAGAAAAAAUGUUCAAUUAUUCCCGAAUUUCUAUAACAAAAGUAGUGAAUCGAGUGAUAAAUCAAAGAAUGAAAGUAGUGAAUUGAGUGAUGAAUUAAUGAAAAUCACUUAUCAUCAUGGGGAUUUUAAAGAAUAUCUAAAUGAUAAAAAUGAUGAUAAUUAUAACUGGAAAUUAGAUAUUAAUAAUUCAAAACUAAUACUAUUAUUCGAUGAAAAAUAUAAACCGAAAAACUCCGAUACUUGGAAUCUGAAAAUCAAAAAUAAUAAAGCAUUUAUAACUAAUACAAGGCUAAUAGACGAAUGUGAGGCAUUAAACAAUAAUGGUAAAAAAGCCAUCAACUUAGAUAGAGAUGUAAGCUUAAAAGGCAAAUGGAAAAUAGCAAAUCAAAAGAUUAUUCAUGAAAAAAAAUCCCAUGACAAAUAUAAAAUUAAAAAAACAAUUUUGAACGAUAGUCCAAAUAAUGAUAAGAAUUUAUGGGAAGACAAGAAUUUAUUGGUAGACGGUAAUUCAAGAUUAAGAAUCGAAAAAAAUGGAAUAUAUAUGGAAUAUAAAUUGAUUAAAGAAAAUAUAAAAAAGGCUGAAGCAAAGAUAAAUAUUGAUGAUAAAAAUGAAGAAAUAGAAAUUAAAGAUCAAAUGUCUAAAGAUAAUGCGUUGCACGUUGGAGAUUAUCCAUUUUGGGAUGCGACAUUGAAAAAAUAUGAAUCCAAUAUUUUCUUGAAACAUAAAAUUAAUCAGGAAAACGUUAUAAGUAUGUCAAUCGAAGGCAAAAAAUUGAUUAAUUCAGAUAUUGAAGAUUUUAAAAAUGAAGAAGAUUUUAAACAGAACGACAAUGAUAAUAUUAUAAACCUUACGUAUAGUAAAAUUCAAUAUAGAGAAAUUCUAUAUAGGAAAGGUUUAGCAGAAACAUUCCAGUCAUUGACAAUAAAUAAUGAAGUUAAGAUUACUAAGGAGGGUGACACAAUAAUAAUACGUGAAAUCGAUAAUAAUUGGUUUAGAGGCAUAUGUAAUUACAUAUGUAACCACAUAUUUAGUGAGAAGAGUAAGGAUAAAAAUGUUGACGAAAUAAACAAAUUAGAAAUUAAGAGAAAAUAUUGGUUCAGGGAAGAAAAAAAUCAAUUAGAAAUUAGUGUGGAAAAUAUUAAUAAGAAACUUGCAAAAAUUUAUAUUCUCGCGAAUUCAAUCAUAAAAAUAAAAAAUCAAGAUGAAAUUAUUAAUCAUCAAGAUGAAAUUAUUAAUCAUCAAGAUGAAAUUAUAAAUCAUCAAGAUGAAAUUAUUAAUCAUCAAGAUGAAAUUAUUAAUCAUCAAGAUGAAAUUAUAAAUCAUCAAGAUAAAAUUAUUAAUCAUCAAGAUGAAAUCAUUAAAAUGAAAAAUGGUGGUAAAUUAAAAAUCGAAAGUACCCAAAGUGAUGGACUGACGAUC